GCACCUUGCGUAGCCACUCUUCGCUUUAGGAUCUUUGGUCUACCUAGUAUCGUCAAAUAUCGCGGUAGCCGCCUCCCUAUCUCUACGCAAUGUGCCGUGCUGCUUCUAGCGGCGCUGGUGACAGUGCUGAAAGCUGUUGGGUAUGAAGUGAAACCGAACUGAAUUUUUGUACCAUCCGCAACUGCUUCAAGUUCAGAUCAAAUCAAAGAAACUGAAGACAAACCUCCCAAAACAAAGUCAACACUGAAGAAGCGUGGGUGAAAAAGGAUCACUUCAAGGAUUUAAACGCAAAAAGUAACCAAAUCCUGAAACGACCAAAGAAUACGCACAUCAUCCCAACCGCGAAGUGGAAGAGAAGCAAACUUGCGCCCAAGCAUAUUCUGAGAAGACCAGAGUUGAUCUGAAACCAGAAGUCUGUGCCUACUCAACAGCUUUGACAAAGCACACGUCCCAACGCUGCUCCUAGCCCUCCUCAUCCUCACUACACCGCCGACUCACCACCGGGGUGUGGAGUGGGCUGCUAUCUGCUAGUUGUUGUUGUUGGUUUUUUUGUUUUGUUUUUUCCUUUUCCCCACUUCCAUAGCUCCCUUCCCCAACUUACCCCCUUUUUUUUUCUCCUUUUUCCUGAGCAGUGUUUUUUGCACCUGCCUUUGCCUUUUUGUUUUAUUUUUGCUCUAAAUUUCCACCCCCCUUUUUUAUUUUUUACUUUUAUGCAACAUCUAGAACUUGUGCCAGAAACUGUAACAAGUGUGCGUGUUCAACUGUGUGCGUGAAGAGGUCCACAAAAACUGCUAGUUCAUCAAAAUCCUGAGAGAUACAAGACACAAGGCGACCAAUAAAGACAUCCAGCGGUGUAUCAUUGGGUGGUUGCAUAAGAAUAGUAUUUAACACUCAAGCAAAAAAUUCCAACAAAAAACAAAAACCUAUAUCAAAGUUCAGCAAGUGCUCAAGCAAGUUUUGUUCAAGUUUAUGGGAAAAUAUGGGCAGCCCCUGGAAAGGCUUUGUUGAGUUUACCUUGCCUGCGUCGCCACCCACCGCGUUUGUUAGCGCUGACCUGAGCAGCACCUCCCCUGUCGGACUCAGCCUGUCGCCAUAUGGCCGAUCCCAUAUCCCAGUCCUGUCCCCAGUGUCAGAAAUGGAAAGAGGCUCCUCUGAACCUCCAGUGGCUCGCAACACUGGCUCUACCCCAUCUGCUUCUACUGGUCCCGUACCUAUCCCCCGUUCCUCCUCCGUCUCUUGCCAUCCCCACCCAGGCAGUAAAAAACACAAGCGGACACCUUUGUAUCAGAGAUCAAUGAGUUUUGACCCAGGCAUGCUCCACAACAAUGGGCACACCGCAUAUGCCAAUGGCUCAGGGCCUGGCAUUAGAGAGACUGGUGUGGUGGAGAAGCUCUUGACUUCCUAUGGGUUUAUCCAGUGCUCUGAACGUCAGGCUCGUCUCUUCUUCCACUGCUCCCAGUACAAUGGCAACCUGCAGGAGCUUAAAAUAGGAGAUGAUGUAGAGUUUGAAGUUUCCUCUGACAGGCGCACUGGCAAGCCCAUAGCAGUGAAGCUGCUUAAGAUAAAGCCAGAAGUGCUGCCAGAGGAGCGCAUUUCGGGCCAGGUGGGGCCAGACCUGCACGCCUAUCCCUUUACUGUGCUGCAUGGUUAUAUUCAUCCAGUUGUGUCAUCAAUCCCGUUGCAUUUGGAUGGAAAGUCUGCUCAUGGACAGGUGCCCACUGGCAGUGUCUGCUAUGAAAGAAAUGGGGAAGUAUUUUACCUUACAUAUACUCCUGAUGACGUGGAGGGAAAUAUCCAUUUGGACACGGGGGACAAAGUCAGCUUCUAUAUGGAGACCAAUAAGCAUACUGGUGCAGUCAGCGCUCGUAAUAUUCAGCUUGUGAAGAAAAAACAGAUGAGGUGCCAGGGUGUAGUGUGUGCUACAAAGGAGGCCUUUGGAUUCAUUGAAAGAGCAGAUGUGGUGAAGGAAAUCUUCUUUCACUACAGUGAGUUCAAAGGUGAUCUAGAGGCUCUUCAGGCUGGAGAUGAUGUGGAGUUCACCAUCAAAGAUAGAAAUGGUAAAGAAGUAGCAACAGACGUGAGGCUCCUCCCUCAAGGAACCGUCAUCUUUGAGGAUAUCAGCAUUGAGCAGUUUGAAGGCACCGUUGUAAAGGUCAUUCCCAAAGUCCCCACCAAGAACCAGAAUGACCCUCUGCCUGGUCGUGUCAGUGUAAGGAUGGGUUUCAAUGACAAGGAACUGCCGUUUGGCGAGAAGGACACAAAGACCAAGGUGACUCUUUUGGAAGGAGACCACAUACAAUUCAACAUCUCUACUGAUCGCCGAGACAAGCUUGAGCGGGCUACCAACAUCGAAAUCUUGCCAGACACUUUCAAGUUCACCAAGGAGAAUCGUGAAAUGGGGGUUAUUGCAGCUAUACGCGAUGGCUUUGGAUUCAUUAAGUGUGUGGAUCGGGAUGCCAGGAUGUUCUUUCACUUCAGUGAAGUCCUAGAGGAGGGCCAGCUUCAUAUCUCAGAUGAAGUGGAGUUCACUGUUGUGCCUGUAGGUCCUGUUUAUAAGCUUUUCAAAAAAGAUAUGCUGUCAGCUCAGAGAAACCAUGCAGUGCGCAUUAAGAAGCUUCCGAAAGGCACAGUGUCUUUCCAUAUCCAGUCUGAGCAACGUUUUGUGGGUGUAGUGGAAAAGGAAGUUGUUGGAAACACCGCCAAGAACAUCAGUCCCACCAAGGGCAAGGAGAAGAAAAAAGAUAAGGGUAAAGUUGUAGAAAAGGAGUCUGAGGAGGGAGUGAUAGCAUAUGAAGACUGUGGAGUGAAGCUCACUGUGCCAUACCAUGCCAAGGACCUAGAGGGAGGAAGUCACCCACAGGUUGGGGACAAGGUGGAGUUCUCAAUCAAUGAAGUGAAGCGAACUGGCCAACAGAGUGCCGUCUCCAUCCGGGUCCUCAACCGUAAUGCCUCUGGUGCCAAGAGACUGCAUGGAUUUGUUGCUGCACUGAAAGAUAACUUUGGUUUCAUUGAGACAGCAAAUCAUGACCAGGAGGUGUUCUUUCACUACAGUGAAAUGUGCGGAGACUUGGAUAACUUGGAUCUGGGAGACACAGUGGAAUACAAUCUUUCAAAGGGAAAAGGAAACAAAGUCAGUGCUGAAAAGGUCACCAAGGUUGCUGCAGUGAAUGGAAUUGGUGAAGAUGUUGGUGGGACAGUGAUGACAGGGAAAGUUAUCCGUCCUAUACGCAGUGUUGACCCCUCCCAGACUGAAUACCAAGGGCUUGUUGAGUUCUCAGAGGAAGGCGGAUCAAAAGUGCAGAAUUAUCCAUUUGGAAUCAUGAGUAUGGCAAACAAGUCUGAUUGUUUGCAAAAAGGAGAACAGGUGAAGUUCCAGGUUUGCACAAUAACCCAGACUGGACAGAAGAUGGCCUGUAAUGUGGUUCCGCAGCGUAGAGCCAUGGUGGAGUGUGUUAAAGACCAGUUUGGCUUUAUCACAUACGAAGUUGGUGAUAGCAAGAAGUUAUUCUUCCAUGUAAAAGAAGUGCAAGAUGGUCUGGAGCUUCAGACUGGGGAUGAAGUGGAGUUCUCAGUUGUCCUCAAUCAACGCACAGGAAAAUGUAGUGCCUGCAAUGUGCGCAGAGUCAGUGAGGGGCCUAAACCAGUGGCGACUCCACGUCCUGACCGCCUGGUGAACAGACUGAAGAGUAUCACGCUUGAUGAUGCCAGUGCUCCUCGCCUGGUCAUUGUAAGGCAGCCUCGUGGUCCUGACAAUUCAAAGGGCUUCAAUGUGGAGCGGAAGACUCGCCAGCCUGGUGUCAUUGACUGAGCAAUACAGGGCCUACCCCCAUUUGGUGUUGGAGGGACGCUGUCGCCGAGAGCAGCAGCAGGGGAUAAGGGAAUUUAAUUUGACACAUGCUUGUACACAAACUCAUCCGCAAAACAUACGCACACAUACAGUAAUUGGCAUGUGUAAUCUUUGUCCCCAGUCUGCAGUGGAACUUUUCUUAUUCCACAGUUCCCUGCUUCCCAUGUAUGAUGUACUUGAUACAGAGUUCCACGCUGCAGUGUACAUGGGGACCUCUGAGUGUGUGCGUAUGAUGUAUCCUAGAAUUGAUUAGUGUGUAAUGGAGGUAUUUGUUUCUAAGGGGCUUGUUCCCUCCAAGUCAGAGUGGUGACUGUGUGGCUGUCUACGUCCUGAUUUUGUUUGUCUGGAAUUCUGCACCUGUAAUCUGUCCGCUAGUUUGACUGGGCGAGUGACUGUUGGCAUGUGUUUGAACCUCAGCUCCAUAUUCGUUCUUACUUUUUGCUCCCUUACCGAUGGAAACGUAAUAACUUUGCUAUCAGGUUUCCACUCCUGUAUGCUUUCCUACAAAACGCAUAAAGUAAAGCUCCCUCCAUAAGGAGGAUCAUAUUUCUCAUAUGUGCAAGCUUAAACCGAGGAUUCUUCUCUGCUCGUUUUUUUUGAGCAGUUUUUAAUGCUUUAUUGAAGUGGAAGCAUGGCGCGUGUGUGAUAUAUGUGAAUGUCAAAGUAGUUAAUCUAAUGGGAUUUACUUCCACCAGUCUGGAGUUUUGAUGCCUUUUUGGUAUUCACAUGCUCCACUUCAGCAUUUCUUUUUCUUCCUCUUUUCUCUCUCCCCUCCCAGGUGCAGAAUUCCUUGUGGCAUCUUAUAUCUGCAGUUCUUUUAUACUUUUUUUUUUUUUUUCAUUUUGUUUGUUUGUUGU